ACACGACACUAAUUGCGACAACUCGGGCAUAAUUAGUUGAAAAUUUUAUCUAGCAUGUUGGGGGUGUUGCCGCCUUAUCUUCUGUUGCUCUGCAUAGGAGCAGCAAGUGCUCAGAUUGCCUAUACGCGACACUUGUCCGAUUUACGAAUAAGAGAGUUGCAAGACCUGGCCGUGCGCCUAAACCACUCGAUUAACACAGAAAAAUAUGCUUGUGAGAACUACUUUGACUACGUUUGUAGUCGUAAUAGACCCCUCUUCUCAAUCAUGGGCCACAUUCCGGAAACCAGUUCAUUGAUUGAGCUUCUAACUGAACUGCAAAACGAUCCGCAGCAAUUUGAGGCCAAACAAAAACUGCUGGAUUUCUUUAUCUCGUGCAACACUCUCAAGUCGGUCGAGGACUGCUACCGCGAGACCUUCGAGUACUUCAAGCCGCUCUUUGGCUACAUCAUAACGAGGAACCUCGUCGACGGUAGCACGCAUGAGCUUCAAGACUUUCUCGACGUGCUCACGGCUUUCCUAAAGAAAACGCAGCAGAAUGUCAUUUUCGAGCGCCAUCCCAUACGCGCUAAUUUAGCGACCUAUCACCAAAAGUUUCUUACUCCACGCACUUACUUUCAAGUGGGCGAUCUGAACCGCGAGUACGGGGCUCUGCGCAUAUACAGAGAAAGUUACCAGCACAACUUGCGGAAUCUGGAACUCCAUCGGAGACUGAACUCCACAUACGAACUGGGUGUGCAGCGUACCAUGUUGGACUGGAGCCUCUAUCUAUACCAGAGCCGCAGCAAGCCCAUGUCCUACUACUAUUCCACAUUUACGGUGCACCUCUACAUGAUGUUGUUUAAUAGCACGGAACGGCAGCGCGACUUCCAGCACUUUCGCGAGAGCGUUGAGUGCCUUAAGCUGCCGCAGUUUGUCAAUGUCCUUGAUGAGGCGCGAACGCUCGCCGUUAUUUACCUGAAGAGUUUUCGCAAUGCUUGGCAGGACUACAGCGACUGGAUCAAAUCGUCCAAGGCGCAUGGCGAGAUCUACGACCACGAGAAUGAGAUAUUAAAGCAAUACCAUCUAAGCAACAAGCGAUUUUUCUUCACGUUCUAUGCACAGAAUUUCUGCGAAUUUGGCAGAGAACUGGCCGAAAAUGUUUUUUAUUUGGGGUUGAAGCAAAAUCCCGAUUUCUUUAACAUAUAUUCGUGUGGCUAUCAGACGGAAUUAACCACAAACUGUGUUUGAUAUAUCGACUUGAUUAAUAAAAAAUAGUUGUGUUCUUCAAAAGCA